GGCUCGGAGCGCGGGAUGGCGCGACCGCCGCGGCGGCGCCCGGGGGCCUGGGGGCCGCUGCUCUGGCUGCUGCUGGCGGGGCCCGGCACCUGCGCCGCCAGCCCCGCGGACGACGGCGCGGGCCCGGGGGGCCGGGGACCCCGGGGCCGCGGGCGGGGGGACUCGGGCGCCGACGAGGCGGCGCCGCGCCACGACUCCUCCUACGGCACCUUCGCGGGGGAGUUCUACGACCUGCGCUACCUGUCGGAGGAGGGUUAUCCUUUCCCUACCGCUCCUCCUGUGGAUCCAUUUGCCAAAAUCAAAGUGGAUGACUGUGGAAAAACUAAGGGAUGCUUUAGAUAUGGCAAACCGGGCUGCAAUGCGGAGACCUGUGACUACUUCCUUAGCUACCGGAUGAUAGGGGCUGAUGUGGAAUUUGAGCUGAGUGCUGACACAGAUGGUUGGGUAGCAGUUGGAUUCUCUUCAGACAAGAAAAUGGGUGGUGAUGACGUCAUGGCCUGUGUCCACGAUGACAAUGGCAGAGUCCGCAUACAGCACUUCUAUAAUGUAGGCCAGUGGGCAAAAGAGAUCCAGAGAAAUCCUGCCAGGGAUGAAGAAGGAGUCUUUGAGAACAAUCGGGUCACCUGCAGAUUUAAACGCCCUGUGAACGUUCCCAGAGAUGAAACAAUUGUCGAUCUGCAUUUGAGUUGGUAUUACCUGUUUGCUUGGGGUCCAGCCAUUCAGGGCUCUAUCACCCGACACGACAUAGACUCACCACCGACUUCGGAGCGUGUUGUCAGUAUUUACAAGUAUGAAGAUAUUUUUAUGCCAUCAGCUGCCUAUCAAACCUUCUCCUCUCCAUUUUGUUUGCUUCUCAUUGUUGCCCUGACCUUCUACUUAUUGAUGGGAACCCCUUAACCACAGCUACAAAGCCAACAUGUUAAACGGAUUAGAAAGUCUUUAGUAUAAAUAUAUUUUUAAAGAAUAUGCAGUAUAAUUUUAGCUUUUCUUAUUUAAAUAAAAAGACUGCUAUGAUUUCAGUUUUUUGGAAGAAAGAGCAAGCUGCUUUUCUAAUCAAAGAGGAUUGUUUAAUAUUGAUCCCAUACUUUUGGAAAGUACUUAAAAAUUUUUUUCUAAGCACUUUCAAAUGUGUUUUCUUAUUUGAGCUUCAUAACAUCUCUGAGUUGGCUUGAUGAAAAUUAUUAGUGCCAUCUUACUGAAUGGGAUUUGAGGUCAAGGAAAGCUGUCUUUUUUUGGUGACCCACACGCCAUGUGGCCUUGGCUACUUGGUCCGAUAACAUGUAGCAAGGUAGAGAAAGAGCAAGGCAUAGGGAUUCUCAACAACCUUUACUCUUCCAACUACAGCUCAGGAGAGUUACUUGAAGCAUUACUAAAGAGCACUUCACUGGAUGGCCCUAGUUCACAAUCAGCCUUUUAAGGAGAAGUUUUCAAUUUCCCUGAGUGUGUUUGGAUGUUUACACAGCUGAUGGGGGAGAAUGGGAAAGAUUACAAUGAUAAGAUAAUCAUUCGUAUUUACUUGAAAUUUCUCCUUAGUAGUUAUGAGAAAAUAUUUGUUACUGCUGUUUGGAAAGGUCAGAAACAGAACUGUGAGUGUUCUUGAGGACGUAAAACUAUAUUAAUGAUAUUAAUUAAUGAUAAAAAAAUAAGAGCAUUCAUAGUGGUUAGAAUUUGGACUCUUCUAUUACUGUAUUUUAUAAGUUACGUGAUUCAUCUGUGGUUACAGCUAAUUCUGUUGUCAGAGUCGAGAUCCAUGGAACAUGGUUAACUAUGUUUUAUAAUAGGCAAAUCAUCUUAAUAAAAAAUUUAAGGCA